AAGCAACACAAAGCUUUGAGCAUUCAGUUAAUGUAAUUGCUGCAUGUUUUUUUAGCAAAAUAGAGCAUGGAGUGUACUUAGUAAAUGAUUUAUAUGAAUACGCAUUUGAGUAGCUGUACUUACAGGUUUAACCUUUGAAAAGACAACUGAAAGUUCCCAAGGUGUACCGACAAAAUGUCAGAGGAUGCUGAUUUCAAACAUUAGCUAUCUAGCAUGUCAGUUAGCUUGUGUGCAGUUCUGAAAACAACAAUAAACGUUUUGUUAAUUUGCUUUAGUUCUAUUUCUUAAUCGUACUGUCGAAAAUCAGUAACUUUCCCCGUUACCGUUAUCAUAUGGCUGCCGGUUUUAUGCCAGGUUUACUCGCCCGACUAUUGAGAAAACUUUAUUUUCAGCACUACCCGGCUCAUCAUCAAUACUUCAUCGCUUCAACACUACUCCUUACGAAUCUCACUUUCAUGACUACGCUGUCUGAUAUCGAGCCGGUUAGAAAAAAACUGAGGCUUGACACCUAUUCUCCUGAAAGUGUCAAACCAGCACUCCAGAACAAAUCCCCCACCGCCGUAAAAGAGGGCGCCCAAGACAAAGCUAUUUCAGCAACCAGGAAAGAAGGUGCCUUUACAAGUGUUGCUAUUAUGGACAGAGAUAGGAACAAUGAGGACAGCUCCAAGAUACAUGCAGAGACAGAGAAGCCAGUGAGGUCUAGUCCACCUGGUAAACUGGGUGUCAGGAAGCCUUUGUUGCCAGAGGCGUCCCAGGGACAACCCCGGAGCCAGGUGGCUCGAAGAGGGAAGAGUUUCCAGCAACAGCGGCACAGGAACUCCCUGGAAGGAUGGUUGGUGAAGAAGAGGCCCAACUUGUCCUCAGAGCCCCAGACCCAGUCUAGCGCCACAGAUCCCGAAGCCCAGGUGGACACUGACAUGAUGGGCCCAGAGAGUCCUGACGUGCCCCUCCUCCAGUCAACCACCCAUGAGGAGAGAGAGGAGUCCAACCAGACUCAGGCAAUCUCCCAGAACACCGGCGAGGCUGCUGUCAGAUCAGCCCAGCUGGAGGAGCUGGACCAGGCAGGGGUGGAUGCCAUGAUGGAGACCCAGAGCAGCACAGAGUCAGACAAGCUGGAGCUGAGCUCUGCUGGGCAGAAAGGCAGUCAUAAAUCAGGGCCCAAAAUCACAGACUACUUCUGCAAACCAUUAUCUGUGACCCCUUCUACUAGUGCUCAGUGCCUGCAGCGGAAUGUUCAGGGGGAUGGAGUCAGUGACAGUGGCAGCGAGGGACCCUCGGAGGAAGAUGAGGAUGGUGGUGAUGUUAGGGUCACUUGGCUGGGGACCCCCAUCUCUGAGUUGAGGAGGACCCCUGCCUGCAGCCCCCCACUACCUCCACUGAGGGCCUCCGACACGCACACGGUUGCCAUAAGGACAGAUCUCCUUAGGCUUGGUGAGGUGCCCGUGCCAUAUCCCACCAGGUUCAAAGAUGCCUGGGAUGACGUUAAUGUCAAGAUGCCAUGCUCAGAGAAGAACCUCUUUCCAGUUGAGGAUGGAGUUCAAAGCAGAUGGGCCCUGAUUGAGAAAACUCUCAGUCAGUCGUUCCGCAGCUCUCGUGAUGUGAAGGAUGCGAUACUGAAGUACAAUGCUGCUCAUGCCAAGAAAUGGGACUUCACUGCUCUCUACUCGUUUGUGAAGGGUCUGGAGUCGGAGGAGGCUGAGCAGCUGCUGGGGCGUCUCCUGCCUGACAUUGCCCGCUUGGCACUGAAUGCAGAACAGCUCAUCACACAGCCAGUGCCCCUCCUGAAGGCCGGACAGAGCCACUCCAUCACGCUGUCUCAGGAGCAGGUGGCCUGUCUCCUGGCCAACGCCUUCUUCUGCACUUUCCCCCGACGCAACUCCAGGAAGUCCGAGUACUUCAACUACCCUGACAUCAACUUCUGCAGGUUGUUUGAAGGCUCCUCACCCAGAAAAGUGGAGAAGCUGAAAACUCUCCUCUGGUAUUUCAAACAAGUCACUGAAAACAUGCCCACUGGACUAGUAACGUUCACUAGGCAGUGCCUCAACAGAUUUCCAGAUUGGGAAAGCUCGCAGCAGAGACUUACCCGGCUUCACAUCACCUGUGAGGGCACCAUUGAAGACCAGGGUCACGGGAUGCUUCAGGUGGACUUUGCUAACAGGUUUGUGGGAGGUGGAGUGACGGCCGCUGGCCUGGUUCAGGAGGAGAUCCGCUUCCUGAUCAACCCCGAGCUCAUCGUCUCUCGACUCUUCACAGAGUCCCUGCAGUCCAACGAGUGCCUCAUCAUCACUGGUACCGAACAGUACAGUAGGUACAGAGGCUAUGCCGAGACCUACAAAUGGGAUGAAGGUUGUGAUGACCAGACACCCAGAGACCGAUGGCAGAGAAGAUGCACAGAGAUUGUCGCCAUAGAUGCUCUGAAGUUCCGCAGCUUCCUGGAACAAUUCCAUCCAGAGAGAAUGACCCGAGAACUCAAUAAGGCCUACUGUGGAUUUGCACGUCCUGGUAUGCCAAGACAGCACCUGUCAGCGGUUGCCACAGGAAACUGGGGGUGCGGAGUGUUUGGAGGAGACGCUCGUCUUAAAGCUCUGCUACAGAUGCUGGCUGCAGCGGAGGCGGGCAGAGAUGUGGUCUACUUCACCUUCGGAGACGCAGCCCUUAUGACGGACGUCCACCGCAUGCACACACUACUCACGGACACAAACGUCAGCGUGGGCACUGUGUACUCUCUCCUGGAGGAGUACUUCAUCUGUGAGUGUCGUGACUGCCCCAACCGCCGCCCCACCGUCGGCCUCUACGCCUUCAUCGCCGAGCGGGUCAUGAACGACCCCGACAGUGACCUUUCACCCACACACACCCAUGAUGACCUUUGACCUCCCUGUGCCAAAGCCAGUCUCUCUGCCUUCAGCCUUAAGCGUUGUCGGAGCCCGCGGGUCACGUCAGAGCAUGACACACACGCAAUAUACAGCUAAAAAUAUAAUCCAAUAUCACAAAGACUUCACCCAUGACAAAGCCUUUAAAAUCCUUGUUUAGAUUGAAAAAUAUGAUCCUAUAUCACAAAGACCUCACUCGUGAGGAAGUCAUUCUUUGUAAUGCCCUUGUUUAGAUUGAAGUGCAUUUUGUUGUAUGUUCUGGUUUGUAUGGGAUUAUGUUUCUUUCUUUUUUUUUCAGGCACUUAAGCUAAUUUAUUAGAGGGUCAUUCAAGCAGUACUAAGUGGAUGGCUCUCUAUGGUGUUGGAUGAUUCUAGUGUAUUUUUUUGUGUGAGGGGUGGGGGGGCUGCUCUCUAUCAUGGACUCCAUUAGUAUGCAUUAUAAUGACAAAGAUGUUUAGCACUGUCCAUUGUAAGUGCCAUAGCCACUUUUCUUGGCUGCCAUUGUUUUCUGUUUGACUUUGUCUUUCUCUCCUCUCUUAACUCUUCUCUUCUCUCUUUCUCAUUCUCUUUUUCUUUUCCCUCAUUCUGUGGCUUUUCCUCACGGUCUGUCUUUCCCUCCCUCCCUCCCUCUUUCCCUCCCUCCCUCCCUCUUUCCCUCCUUCUCUCCCUCUCUCUAGCUCUGUCUUUAAUUAUUUUACUCUGUCCCCCUAUAUAACCAACUCUCUCAUUCCUCUCCUCUCUCUCUCUUUCUCUCUCUCUCUCUCUCUCUCUCUCUCUCUCUCUCUCUCUCUGUCUUUUCUCUUCUGCGUAAUUGAAUUGGCUGCCUGAAGCCCAGUAAAAGGGACGUAAUGAAUAGCAGAGAUAUAAAAAAAAAAACAUGGACGCCGUUAUAAAACCCCACAGACGUUUUGUUUGGCCAGCCCACAAGUCCUCACCCUCCUAUAAUAUAAUACAUUGUCCUGGCCCAUACCCCAUUUUGUACAUGCGUAUACGCUCAUAACGUCCAUUUGUUUUAGUUCGGGAUGAAUAGAUCCUCAGGUACCUUUAGAAGGCUGGUGUUAAUGAUUGGAAUGAUUCAACGGUUAGAAGUGUUUAGGGUAGUUGUGUGAAGAAAUAUCUUUCCUCUGGUCGAUGUGUCCUAAAAGAGAUUUUGUUCAACUCGGAGGCUGAAAGAUCUUUUUUGUCUUUUUGUUUAGUACUUAGACGCACACCAUUGAAGUGCUUUGGGUAUUUCUUUUCGAUUUCUUGUUUUAUUUCCUUUUUUGAAAAUAAAGAAUAAAAGGUAAUCUAUUUUUUAUGAUUGUAAUUAGGCAUUUUUGGGAGUGGUAGUUGUGGUUGUAAUUGCUCUCUGCUUUUUUAAAAGAAAUGAAGCUGAAGUGUUUGUUACUGUGAUUGUGAUUUUAAUAAUAAAAAUUAACUUAACAUACA